AGUCUAAAUGCCUUUGUACGCCUGAGUUCGAGUCCCCAGAUCUCGUUUUUUGCUCUCUUUUUAACCCUUCUUUUAAUGAAGGGUAAAACAGACAUUUUAUCAUCGUCUUCUUCACAGACCUUGACGACUUUCUAAACCUAAUAAUGGCGGCUCCCCGUUUUUUUAUACAUUUGCAUCAUUUUUAACUCAUUUUUGUUCUUGUUUUUCUCCAAAUAUGAUAGAUCUGACAUGUAUCAUAGAAUAUUUAACCAUAAACUACAAAAAAAUUUUGUUCUCCGAUUAAUUCUCCGAUUUGGACAAAUCCCGGCGGUUACCUACCGCCGAGCGCUUAACCGGCGCUUAGGCGGCCGCGGAGGCCGCGUUUUCGAACAGGGACUAAAACUAGAAAAAGAAAAUUUUUCAGAGGAAAAGAAUAAAAACAGAAAUUAUGGAUCAAUCUUUGUGUACUGCUUCUUCUGCUUUGUACUCGUUGUGGAAGUCGCAAGAUUCGCAAAACCUUAUUACAACCUUCAAAACCUAAUGGAAACAGAAGCAAUAGUAGAAGAAGGAUUCUUGGACGUGGAGAACUCAGGGAGACUUCCAUGUCACUCCUCGGGAUCUGGCUCUGUCUCUGUUCCUGCUCGAAGUCACCAGAAGCUCUCGGAUACAAUAAGGCAAGAGUCGAGAGCUCGUCCCCCAACUUCGUACUGCGUGAAGAUCCAGUCUUUUGCCACUCUGUCGAAACUGGUCAAAGACAACGGUGACAUGUAUGAGUCACGUCCGUUCUCCGUCGGUGGAUACAAUUGGACUUUCCUAAUCUACCCGAACGAGAACAAGCCACAGGGCUCGGGUGGAUAUGUUUCGCUUUACGUAAGAAUCGAUAACUCAAGCCUCAUCGCCAAUCCAGAAGAUGUUUAUGCAGAGAUCACGUUCCUCGUCUAUAAAAGCACUAUAGACAAGUACCAUAUACUCAAGGAGACUAAGGCGCAGCGAUUUCAUUUGUUUAGACAACAGUGGGGACAAUUAAACUUUCUAGAGAUAGGUUAUUUCCUAAAUCCGGUACAUGGAUUCAUUUUCAACGGCGGACAAAGUGUGUUUGGCGUUGACAUCUUCGUUGCUAAACCCUUUGAAAAUUGGGAAGUUUUCUCUUACGAAAAAAAUAUUCGUGAUCCUAUUUUCGAUUGGAGACUCAACAAUUUCUCUACACUCGAUCGUGACUCAUACACUUCUGGUUCCUUUUCUUCCGGAGGAAGAAACUGGGUAUUGAAAGUGUAUCCAAAUGGAGUUGGAUCUGGAACGGAUAAUUCGUUGUCACUCUUUUUGUUGAGUGCGUCAAAUGAAAAAGGUUACGUGGAAGCCAAGUUACGAGUUAUUGACCAGAGCCGAUCCAACCAUGUGGAGAAACAAGUGCGGGGAUGGCCCAAUGCAACAGAAAAUGGAUGGGGUUUCGAGAAGUUUAUACCUCUUGCAGAUAUCAAAGACACAUCCAAAGGUUUCCUUGUCAAUGAUAGCCUCAAACUUCAAAUCGAGAUCUUGUCCUUCUCGAAAACCGACUCUCUCUAAGUUUAAAAUGAUCCAACAAUCACUUCUUUGUUGCUUUUUUUCCUCUCUUUUUUUUAAAACCGGAGAUAGUAAUUUAGUCAAAAACCAGAUUAGUCUCCGCUAUGGCCAAGUGGAUUACUACAAUUACAGUACUUUGGGUCACUGCUUUUGUUUCUGUUCAAUAAUGAAAAGUUUGAGCUUUUCUA